CUAGUGUUGGGCUUUUAUUACCGAGGGCGAAGAAGAACUUAAAUAAAAAAGAAACUCUGGGAAAGAAACUAUAUGUGAAGAAUAGGAAAGGAAGUACAGCCAGAAAAGCAAUAUAGUAAAUAUUUGCAAAGCAUCUCUGUAAACCACUGAUUCUGGGUAACAUCUCUGCAUGGUCUGAAUCCAUAGGAUGCCAUCUGCUGCCCGUGUUCUGGGAGCCUCCUUCCUGAUUGACUCAUUGAUAAGAAGGACUCCUGGGCACCAGCACAAUACUUUUCAAGACCUGAAGAGUUUAACAAGGAGCAGUCAAUCAGAUGAAGUGGUCGAAGUCCCUCAAAGUACUCCAACUCCAGAGUUAACGGCCAGGACAGCUGAAAAUAGCCAACCAGGUAAAAAGUUGUGGAUCCAAGAAGACAAUCCAUCAAAGGUAAAGGCUGAAUGUACCAAUGCUAGCCAAUUUAAGAAUGAACUAGAUAUCCCUAAAAGACAAAAGUCAGAUGGAAGAGAGUGGGCUCCUGGGAACAUUCAUUCAGAAGAGAAACCGGAAUUAUUUGACACUAAUCAUUUGAAGGAUAACACCGGAACCAGCAAAUCCAACAAUUCUGAAAUUCUCUCUAUGAAGGUCCCUGAAAAACCCAACCAUUCAUAUAUUGCACUGAUCUCAAGAGCCAUUUUAUCGUCCCCUGAAAAGAGACUGCAAUUAAGUGACAUCUACCAGUGGAUCAUGGAAUCCUACCCAUAUUACCACAACCAGGUACAUAAUUACACUACUGCCAAUAACAGAUCAUAACCAUAGCUUCAUAUUAUUACUAUCACAGACACCUAUUAUAUUUUCACCACUAAAUGGCUUUACACAAUUAUGUUGAUAACCGUUCGAAACAGACAAUCACUGCACUUUAGAGAGCACUUAACAAAAAGUUGAUUAACAGCACUUAAAAAGUACAUUGCACAUCAAAAAAAUAAACCAGGAAUGGUAUGCAAUAUGAUCAAGAUGUUCCUUCUCUGUAAAAAGGGUUAAUAUUCAAUAGAUGGUUAUUGAAAGAAGAUAUUUAGGGCUGUACAGGGAAGUUUAACAGCCACUUUGAAAUCCGGGAUUGUGUGGAAAAGUCUUUUAUCAAACUGUAUGCAACAAUAAAAAAUAGUGGUUGUAUUUAAAUGGGUUCUGCUUGUACACUGGACCUUAAACACCAUAACUACUACAGCUCACUGUAACAAUUAGAUUCUGUUGGUAUCGUCCCUCCAUUCUUUCAGUUGUAGAAUUUAGAACAACGUGGAUAAAGAUUGCAUGGAGAAGAAAUAUAUUUAUUCACAUAUUUUUCUUCAACGGAUUGCCAUAUCAUUUCUAUAUUUUAAUUAGUACUCGUUGGUAUAAUAUUUCAAUGUUAAUAAUUAAAUGGGUAACAUGUUCCCCACAAUACCGAGAAAGUAUUCUAAAGAAAACAUAUUUUUCAUACUUUAAUGGUUGCAUAUACCUCGUUGUUUGAUUCAUCUACCAGUCAGACUAUUUAUUCUGUACUUUUAUUUGCUUAUUAUCUAUUAUAAAUAUUGCAUUUUAGUCUGCCUAUUCUAUGCUCUUUUAAUUUAUGUGGUUUGUAGUGGUGCUGCCUUCCUUUCUUUUUUCUGUACCAUUUCUGUUGUAAGGCCUGUGAGGGAGCCCUACUUUUUAGGUGUGCUGCCACUUUUUACUUAUUUAUUAUUGUUUCUGUUAUAUCUUGUAUAGAUAGAGAGCGCUGAUCCCUUUCUUCCGUUCUAUGCUCUUUUGCCUUCUAUAUAUUGUGUUGUUGUGGGGUGUCCUUACGUAUGCUGGAUAAUUCACUACAACUGCACAAAAUUACUUCUAUUAUUAGGAAAAGAGCUGGAGAAACAGCGUGCGCCACAAUUUGUCUCUCAAUGAGUGUUUCAUCAAAGCUGGCCGCAGUGAUAACGGGAAAGGACAUUACUGGGCUGUUCACCCUGCUAACUUGGAGGCUUUCUCAAGGGGAGACUAUCAGAGACGCAGGGCAAGAAGACGUGUACGAAGGUAAAUACAUUUAUGAAGCUCACUAGUAUUAAAAGGGCAAUCUAAGCACCAUAACCACAACAGCUCACUGCAUCUACAUUCCAUCACCCUUUUCAACCUCACUGAUAAUGCAGAAGGUGCACUUAUGCAUUAUCAGAGGAGACUUUAUCUGCCCUGCACAGCAAUAAUAAGCUGAGACCACUGGCUGUGGGACAGACCAGCACUAUCAUUGCCAUCCAGGUUAGAUAGAAUUUCCCUCCCUUGUUAUUAAAGCAGAAAUGAAAUUUCCGCGUUAUCCGUUUUACCGAAAUGUAAUGAGAUGUAGGUGCUGGGGAGAGAACUUGGUCAAACUGCUCCAAAAAAGUUUGACAAAAACUAUAGUGGGGCUCUUGAUUAUAACGCUUAGAACACUCUUGUAACUCUCAGUAUUACCAUUCAAGAAAAGGUUACACGGAUUGAGUACUUAUAGAUAGAUAGAUAUUGGCAUUUUAGUAACGUAAAGGGAAAACCAAUUUUUAGUUUGAAGGAGCAAAUUUAUUUCCUUUUUCUUUCACUGCAUACAUUGUAGUUAUUAGUGCAAUCGCCUUAUAAACGAACUGCAUAUUCCUGCAUUGAUAUAUUUAUGUCCUUUAAUUGCUUUUUGUGCAUGUGGACUGUAUUUGCUUACCCAGCUCCCACCAUGUCUUGUACUUUAUCACAAAUGUUCUCAUUUCAUAUUUUUGAUUCGUUUUUAUUAUCCUUUUGAAUAUCAACUCUCUCCCUACUCUGCUUGUCGACACAGGGUUUCUUCAAUUCUUGGACAUCAACCUCACUUUCCGUCUUGUACCUUGUGCUGUUUUCAUCAACAACUUUGCAUCUGCUGCCCACCGCUGAAUCCCCACUCCAGUCUACCCCAAAUAUACCCUCUUACAGAACAACCUUCCCAGCAAACACGUUGGCCUUUCCCCAUGCCAGUGCUCUGGCCUUUUCACCAGAUGCCUCCUUAUGUUUAACGCAGAAAUGAAUCACC